UGGCCGCUUUCCAUUUCUUCCCUCCCCCGACACCACCACCAUCCUCCUCGCCUCCAGUUCAGACUCUGGGGCCAGCCGUUCGUCUCCAGUCUCCAGUCUCCAGCCUCAGCGCGCCCCGGUCCUCCCUGGUACAGACCGUACAGUGCUAUCUGUACUACAUGGCAUGACGGCUGCCUGAAGCCCCUGCCUUGCCUUGCACCAUGCAGGCGACGACGACCUCGACGCUGAAGCCGCUGAAUCCCUGUAAAGUUUGCAAGCAGAGGCACUUGAAAUGCGAUACCGACCGUCCCGCAUGCACAAACUGUCGCAAGAGCGACUCAGAAUGUGUCCGCGGCUACAGCGUACGGUUCCGCCAUGGGCUGAAUCCAAGUAUUCGGUCUGGAAGGGCAUUAGAGGCAACCAAACGCGACUACCAGUUCGCACAUGAUCAGCCCUGGGUCAAGAUCAACCGGGCCUUGAGCUUCGUUGAUGAGACACCGGACGUCAUCAACAUCCACGACGCCGGCACCGGAACUAGCAACUUUGACGCUGUCGAUAACCUUAGCUUGCCCCUUAACAUUGAGACAGAGAGCCAGAACUCGUCUCCACGACAGCCCUCCCCGCCCCUUCUCCAUGAAAAGCCAUCUUCCGAGCCCGGCAGAGCAGACCUAGAAGCAUCUUCGCCCCUGGUUGGGGACAGUGGGCACCCCCACAAGAAACGCGCCCUCAGUCACUCUGCCGUUGCAUCUUGGAGAGCAACCCUUCGAUCAGAUCCCAGCCAGGGUCGCACUCCAAGCCGGGGCUCCCAGAGUAUUCCGGAAGGAGGUGAUGCCUUCAAUAGCUACACAGACUCACCACUUCCUGGCCGCAACAUCCCUUUUACUCUUUCGAGCGAACCUACUAUCUCCGGGCUGGACAGUCCGCAGCCAGCAAAACACUCCCCCCUCGGAGAUUGUGUCGCUGAUGCCAUAUCUGGCAUCUACCUCCAAUCUCCAAGAUGGCCGCUGGAAGAUCCGAUGGAGGCCAUGCUGUUUCAAACUUUCGUCGACAACUUGGCUCCUCUUUUUGACCUAUGCGACAGCGAUCGACACUUCGCCACAGUUGUCCCACGCCGAGCAGUCAUGUGUCCACCACUCAUGAACGCCGUUCUUGCUGCUUCGGCUAAGCGCAUGAGUAGGAUCAGUGACUUUGAUGGUUUGGUGGGAGACCGAUAUCACCAACACUGUCUCGACGCCCUCAUCCCCGCACUCUCCAGUUCCGCCGCCGUCAUGGACGAGAACCUCCUGACCGCCAUUGUUAUCCUCCGCUACAUGGAGGAGCUCGAUGUUCCGAUCAUGUCCUCUGCCACGGCGUCUGAGUCGCAUCUCAUGGGCACACGAGUCUUUAUUGCGGCACAGGACAAGUUGAGCGACUUCGCCAGUCUCCGCAGGGCUGCGUUCUGGGUUGCUCUUCGACAGGAGAUCCAUAUGGCCUUCAUCCAAGCUCGCCCUGUUCACCCCAGCUUCGAUCUGGAGAGCAUUUCUCGGCUCGUAGUACCAGAUGAGAAUGGCUGCAGUUUCGCAAACCUCACCAUUCUCCACUGUGCUGCUUGCCUACGUUACUGCUACGGCGCGGAGGAGCACAGCACCAACACCUGGGAAAAAUUGCGAGAGUCUCAAGACCGUUGGUGGGUUGAAAGACCGUGGUUCUUUCAUCCUAUGUACAUCAACGAGCAGAGCAAUGGUAUAUUCCCGGAGGUCACGUAUCUCAACGAUGCCGUUGUUACUGGGGUUCUGCACUACUACCUUGUCCAGGUUCUUCUUGCAGCCCAUAAUCCCAAAGCUCCGAGGCUGGGCCCAGGCCAGGCAAUAGCAUUCAGAGCUACAAAUGAGGAAAUCAAGAAGAACGUUCGCAUGGUCUGUGGAGUUGCUGAGUCAAACCCUCGUACUAUAACAUCUUAUGCAUACGUAUGUCUCGCAAUAACCAUGGCUGGCGAUCGUUUCACGGACCCGCAAGAACAAGAGGCGCUCUACAACAUCCUUGUAAAAAUUGAUACACAAUAUGCCUGGCCGACUGGCUCCACUCAGGAGUAUUUGAAGGGAGCUUGGGGGUGGUCGGAAUCGCCACCCAAUCCAUCGAUGUCCAUCUCACGCAUGUUAAACGGCAGCACGCAAGCGGUUCAAUAGUAUAAGUUUCAUAACAAACGAACGUUGACGUUAAAACGAGUAUGAGGGAGUUCCCAUUGGUGU